AUGGGUUUGGACGGGAAUAUUGGAUUUGUGAUUGACAUCCCUACCCACAAAUGUCCCCUAUUGUCUAUAUAUGUACAUGAAGCAGCACUUGUUAAUCCAUGCCAACUUAAGCCUGCCUCUGUCUUAGAACUCAAGCUAAACAUCAGUAUAGUCAUGAAGAAAAUUUACUACCUUUUCACCCUCGAACUCUUCCUGUUAAGUUUUCUGUUAGCUAGCUUGGCCACGAGGGUAACCAACAUUACCACAGAUCAAUCAGCCCUUCUUGCACUGAGAGCCAAAAUCACUUCAGAUCCUCAACAAAUCCUAUCAAACAAUUGGUCCCUUGCAUCCUCAAUCUGUGACUGGAGAGGAGUCACCUGCGGCUCUCGCCAUCGUAGGGUGACUACCUUAAACAUCUCCAGCUUGGGUCUUACUGGCACCAUUCCCCCGCAAUUGGGGAAUCUGUCAUUUCUUGUAUCCCUCGACAUGAGUAUGAACUACCUUUAUGGAGAACUCCCCCGACAAUUGAUUCGUUUGCAUAGGUUGCGACUUCUUGAUCUCUCUGUUAACAAGCUCAGUGGAGAUAUUCCCUCUUGGGUUGGUUCCUUGCAAGAACUCCGAUAUCUUUCCCUCGGGAACAAUAGCUUUACGGGCUCUAUUCCACCUUCCAUCUCCAACAUGUCAAUGCUAGAGACCUUACAACUCUCAUACAAUCCCCUGCGAGGAACAAUUCCAAUGGAAAUCGGAUAUCUAAACAAAUUGAAGAACAUAGUCAUGUACUACAACCAGCUUUCAGGUCCUUUGCCUUUGGAGAUAUUCAAUAUUUCCUCACUGGAAAUUAUUGCACUUAAAGGUAAUAGCCUUUCUGGCAGUCUUCCAGUUGAGAUAUGUUCCCGUCUCCAACAGCUCACAUGGCUUGACCUUUCCCAUAACAAAUUAAGUGGAAGGAUACCAUCGUCAUCGUCGUCGGAAUGUUCAAAACUUCAAGUACUAUCAUUAGCUGCCAACAAUUUUAAUGGAGGGAUACCGGAAGGACUUGGGAACUUCACGGCUCUCGAGGAACUAUAUCUUGAUCACAACAAUUUGACUGGUUCUUUGCCUCUGGGGAUAUUCAAUAUUUCGUCAUUGGGAAUUAUUUCUAUGCGAGGUAAUAGCCUAUCUGGAAGCCUUCUUCCAUUCAGCAUGUGUCACCGUCUUCAAGGACUCACAGCGCUUGACCUUUCCCACAACAAAAUAAGUGGUAUGAUACCAUCGUCAUCAUUGUCGGAAUGUUCAAAGCUUCAAGGACUUCUGUUGAAUGACAACCAUUUGAGUGGAGUGGCAUCCCAAGGAUUUGGGAACCUGACGGCGCUCAAGGAACUAUAUCUUGCUGACAACAAUUUAGACGGUAUUAUUCCGCAAGACCUUGGCAACCUAAAGCAUCUAGAAGUACUUAGUAUGGAGUUCAAUAGCCUAACUGGCUCCAUACCAGCCGGAAUAUUCAACAUCUCAACACUGGGAAGACUAGGCCUACAGAACAAUAAACUUUCUGGAUUGAUACCAGCCUCAAUCUCAAAUGCAUCUAAACUAACUUUCUUAUACUUGGAUACAAACAGAUUCAGUGGUCCAAUUCCAAGUUCUCUUGGAAACCUAAGACUUCUAAGAUGGCUAGAUCUCUCUGCAAAUCAUUUCACAACUGAACCUUCAUCAAGAGAAUUGAGUUUCAUCAAUUACUUGACAAAUUGUAAGUACCUAGAAAUAUUGUCUUUUAAUGACAAUCCGCUGCACGGUAUUCUUCCAAUAUCGGUUGGGAAUCUUUCAACUUCUAUGGAGAGAUUCUAUGCAUAUGACUGCGGAAUCAAGGGAAGCAUUCCUGAUGCAUUCGGGAAUUUGAGCAAUCUAGUGGUUUUGAGUCUAUUUGUAAAUCACCUGAGUGGACCCGUUCCAGCCACAGUGAAACAAUUGCAAAAACUUCAAGUUUUAAAUUUCUAUGACAACCGAUUGAGUGGUUCGAUUCCAGAUAGUUUUUGUGAUUUAAAGAGCUUGUACGGAUUAUAUCUGGGUAAAAAUCAGCUUCGUGGGUCAAUACCAUCAUGCAUAAGUAAUGUUAGUUCACUGAGAAAAAUUUCCUUUGAUGGGAACUUCUUAAAUUCAAGCAUACCUGCAAGCUUGUGGAACCUCAGUGAUCUAUUUUAUUUGGGUCUGUCCUCUAAUUCGCUGAAUGGCUCACUACCUCAAGAAAUUGAAAAUUUGAAGAUGAUAACAAUAUUGGAUCUGUCAGGAAAUCAUCUCAGUGGGAAUAUUCCAAGUUCCAUUGGAGCUUUGCAAAGUUUAGCCAACCUUUCUUUAGCACAAAAUAAGCUUGAGGGACCUAUUCCAGACUCACUAGGUCACAUGUUACGCUUGGAACUUUUGGACCUAUCUAAUAAUAACCUAUCGGGUUCGAUACCAAAGUCCUUGGAAACACUUUUGCAGCUUGAUUACAUUAAUCUUUCUUUCAACCACUUUAGAGGAGAAAUUCCCAGUAGUGGUCCUUUCAAGAACUUCACAUACGAAUCAUUCAUGUUUAAUGAUGAUUUGUGUGGUGAUGAAAGGUUUCAUGUUCCUCCAUGCAAUUCUCGUCAGAUUCACAGAUCAAGUCGAAAGAAACUAUUUCACAUGUUAGGCAUUAUAUCAGGUAUUGCUGCAACAAUAAUUGCUGGUACAACUGUUGUAAUUUUACUUUUAAGAUGCCGGAGGAAGGAUGCAGUUUCAAGAAAUGUUGACUUAUUGCCGGUGGUAGUGCCAAGAAGGAUUUCAUAUUAUGAACUUGUUCAAGCAACUAUUGCCUAUGAUGAAAGCAAUUUAAUUGGCAAAGGGAGUUUUGGAUCUGUAUAUAAAGGUAUUCUUGCGGAUGGGACAGUGGUAGCUGUGAAAGUUUUCACUUUUCUAACCGAAGUCACUUCUAGGAGUUUCGAUGCGGAAUGUCAAGUUCUACGUAACCUUCGGCAUAGAAACCUAACCAAAGUGAUUGGCAGUUGCUCUAACCUUGAAUUCAAAGCCUUAGUGCUAGCAUAUAUGCCCAACGGGAGCCUUGAGAAAUGGUUGUACUCCCACAACCUUUGCUUGGAUCUGCUGCAAAGAACAAGCAUAAUGACGGAUGUUGCUUCUGCAUUGGAAUACCUGCAUUUUGGUUAUACAACACCUGUGGUUCACUGUGAUCUGAAACCUAGCAACAUAUUACUUGACGAAAAUAUGGUUGCUCAUGUAAGUGAUUUUGGUAUAGCAAAGAUUUUGGAUGAAGAAAAUAGUGCUAUGCAUACCCAGACUCUUGCAACACUUGGAUACAUGGCACCAGAGUAUGGAGUUGAAGGGCAGGUGUCAACAAGAAUUGAUGCGUAUAGUUUUGGCAUACUUCUGAUGGAAACAUUUUCAAGAUUGAAGCCUAGUGAUGAAAUGUUCAAAGAUGAUUUGAGCCUGAAGAGUUGGAUAGAAGAAUCUCUGCCUAAUGCAACAAUUCAGAUUAUAGAUGCCAACUUGCUCAGGCAAGAAGAUGAGCAUUUCAAUGAGAAAUUGCAGUGUGUUUCAAUGAUCUUCAAAUUGGCUUUAAGUUGCUGUACUGAAUGCCCACAAGAUCGAACUAACAUGAAAGAUGUUGUGGCAGUACUCAAGAAGAUAAGACGUCACCUUGCCACUUUCUCGGACAACUCAAGAUCGAACUAG